AUGACUUUCGGUUGGCUUUUGUCCAGCGUGUUUAUUUGGAAGCUUAUUCCUACAUUGACGUGGAUCCAAGGUCUCGCGAUUGCUGCUUGUGUUACCGCUACAGAUCCUGUCUUGGCCUCAGCUGUUGUUGGUAAAGGUAAGUUUGCCAAACGUGUUCCUGGUCAUUUGAGGAACAUUCUUUCUGCCGAGUCAGGCUGUAACGACGGUAUGGCUUUCCCGUUUGCAUAUCUUGCACUCAACAUUAUCAAGCAUACUGGUCAUCCCCGAGAAAUUGCCUUUGAUUUUAUCGUCAUAACUGUUUUAUACGAAUGUGUAUUCGGCUGUGUAUUAGGUGCUAUCAUUGGAUAUGUAGGCAGACACGCAAUCAAGUUUGCAGAAAAAAAGAAUCUCAUUGAUAGAGAGUCGUUUCUAGUAUUUUACUUUGUACUGGCGCUAUUCUGCACUGGAGUAGGUAGUAUUAUUGGCGUCGAUGACUUACUAGUAGCUUUUGCAGCUGGCACAGCAUUUUCUUGGGAUGGUUGGUUUGCAAGAAAAACUGAGGAGUCUCAUGUAUCCAACGUCAUUGAUUUGUUACUCAAUAUGGCUUAUUUCGUAUACCUAGGAGCCAUUGUUCCUUGGCAAAACUUUAACAACAAGGACUUAGGUAUCGAGGCCUGGAAACUAGUGAUUCUUGCUAUUUUAAUUCUACUUUUCCGUCGUCUACCAAUUGUACUGGCUAUGAAGCCUUUUACUCCGGAUAUUCGUACCUGGAGAGAAGCUCUUUUUUGUGGACAUUUUGGUCCCAUUGGAGUAGGCGCCAUUUUUAUCAGUAUAUUGGUUCGCGCCGAGCUUGAACAUGGAGAGCCUACUCCGUUGGCGGAAGUUCCACCAGAAGGAACUCCCAAUUAUUUUGCUAUUGCAGCAAUCUGGCCAGUGACGACCUUUCUAGUAAUUUGCUCGAUUGUUGUUCACGGCUCUUCGAUUGCUGUGUUUACACUUGGCAAGCGUCUCAAUAAUAUGACCAUCACCAUGUCUUACACAACCGGUGGCAACAACCAAUCGUGGCUAUCACGUUUGCCACGUAUUGAAGGUGGCCGAACUCUGUCUCUUCACAAAGUAGAUACAGAUGAACCUGGAAGAUUCAAAUAUGGUAAGACUGCCAAGCCGGCUGGUGGUAUGAAGAGAAGGAAGGGUGGUCGAAAAUCUAGACGAGAGCCGCCUGAGAACCUACCUAUUGAUCUUGGGGCUGGAAAAGAUAUUUCAAAUGAAGCUGCCCGUGAUCCCAGAGAAGCGACUGCGGAGGAGAAGAUUAAUCAAGAUGAAAUUAAUGCUUAUGCCGAGGGUCAUGAUAUUAUUAUCGAAGACAACUUAGGUGAGGUGAUUGCCACUGUUCAUAGUAAAAAAGGUAGUACCGAGUCAUCGGCAAGCACACAUUCCGAAAAGACCGCUCGGGACGAAUCCAAAGUCAACACUGAUCCAGCCAUCGCUGAAAAGAAAUCUUCGUCUCGGCAUAACGACGGCACUCGAGUAUCUGACGAGGAAGAUUCUGAAGACGAUGGUGCUGAUGAGGAAGGAGAAGAUGCUGAAGAAGAACAGGAGCCUCUAGAACAUGACACAAGAAGAAGUCGAAGACGUGCUGAUGAGCAUCCCUCUAGACGGAGCUCCGAAUCCUCUCCAGGACCAAGGCAAAUGCUUAGCCGUCGCAGUACCAGUCGUGGCUCUGGAAGAGCGGGCCAUAAGGUCAUUGCCUACCAACUUGACAAUGACGUUAUCGUCGAGAAUGAAGAUGGUGAGAUUAUUCGUCGCUACAGAAUCAACAGGAAACCGACGGAUUUGGCAGCUGAAGAUUCGCGGCCCAGAAGUCGGCAAAAUUCUAUUAUUGGAAGAACCCUCUCCAAAGUGGGCCUGUCGAAGCUUGUACACUCGAAUGCCGAAUCGUCUACAGCACACUCGGGCAGUGGUUUACAUCAUCAACACUCUCCUUCUGCUGAUCAUGACGUUGAAAAGCAAGAAGUGAGUGAUAUCGUUCCUGUAGAAGCUAAUCAUGGAGGAGAAAAAUUCCCAUUUGAUGAUGACACUAUACGACAUCACCUGAAGAGUCUGCUACAUACUGGAGACUUGCAGGAGCAUCAUUCUACUGGAGACAGCAGUCGUCGACCCAACAGACUGGAGAGUUCUGAACACAGACACCGUGGUCAAGAAGACGAGAGAUCACCGUCGCCCAAUUCUGUACUCCCCAAUAGUUCGCUUAAUCAAGGAUCUAUGCCGCGGAACUUCCUUGGUCGCCGUGCAGAUAUCGAUGAGAACGAUGAGGAUGAUGAAGUGGAUGACCAUCAUCGACAUAAGAUAAGUAGCUCUCGUCAUGCUGAUGAUGAUGAGGAAACAGAAGUUGAAAGAAAGCGUCGUCUAGCAGCUCUUGGUUUGUUGUCUACUGAGGACGAUGAAGAAGAUGAAGAAGAGAGAAACGUUUUUAGACCACGCCAGACGAGACUCUCCCCUGCACCGGAAAUUAUUCGUGAGGAGGAUGAGGAAGACGAUGUGAAGGACAAAGAUGAUGCGCGAGUUGAAUCAGAAAAAUCUAUGGGUGAAAAUACAACGCCUAAAAUCCAGUGGGGCGACGAUGUAAAGAGGGGACAUGGCCGAAGAUAG